GUGCUGCUUCGUCUCUGUGCAGAUCUCUGAAGUUUCUGGGGAGCUGUGAAAUCUCAUUUAGUGGCUGUUGCCAUGCUACCUUUGGAGGUUGUCCCCGCGGCGGUGUGAUGUCUUGCUGGGGUUGGCAUAUCUCCCCUGCUUCUUUAUGCAAGGGGCAGGCUCUGGGAGGCGCUAUUCUGCAGCUCCAGGUGUGGCUUAGCAGAGAUGUCAAAGGAAGCGGUCCUUGACGUGGUGAACUGCUGCGAUACAGGCCUAGUGCCCACUGGCAGGAUGUCAGAACAGCUGAAGACUGAGUAAAAUUUCCUAAAUGUGGGCCUCCAUUUCAUUCUUAGAAAAGCUGUGUGAUGCCCUUGAAGCUGCUGUAGCACUGUCCUUUGCUGGGUGCCUGCCCAUGUCGUCACUAGCAUAGGUGAGCUGAUGUGGGUAGUGGCUUACCAAAAGAGGCAGGGAGACGAGACGAGAGGCGCUGGCAUGUGUGCCAUGAGGUGGUUGUUACAGCCACUCCAAAAUAUUCUUAGUUGGCAUGCAGCGUCUGUGCACCUACAGCACCAGGCUGUGUGGAAAGGAGAGGCUGCCGAGGGAGGUGGCAGUGACAAACAUCUGCUAGGCUUUAUGCUACUGCUUGAGGGUGGGAGUACCUGUGUGCCUGCACUGCCUUGUAGCAGGUAACUUGAGUGCAGCGGCGGGCGUUGUUACCAGUGAGUGUCAGGACCGGAGGAGUAAGACACCGCCUGGCUCACUUUGCAGCGUCUCUGUUGAUUUCUGGUUGUGGCAGGUGGAGAGGAGCUGUCAUUUUAUGCAUAAGCAUUUAGGAGACUUACAUCAUGUCAAGUUUCAGCAGCUAUAUUAUUAAUAUGCUGUUCAGGUUAAAGCUGGAUACUUUCCACCCUUGCAGUAAGAAUGCAGGAACAGCAGUAAAUGAUUUUUAUGCAUCUACAGCCCUCCUUUGGGGAGGGAGGAAUAGGUUGCACCAUGUCUAUAUGUUUUUAUACCUCCAUAAAAUUGUGUGCCUGUACUGAGAGAUGCUCCUGGUUAAAACAGUAAGUUCUUCUAAGCAAACCAGAGAGGCUAAUGCAAAGCUUAGGACUUAUGGAAGUACUUUAUGCUUAAAGGACCUUGAUACUGAAGAUCUGGACUGGGACUUCUCUUCAUCUGACAUCUUUUCUGGGCUGAAUAUUGACCCCGAUACACUGGUGAAGAAACUUGACUUGGACUCCAGAAGCAUCAUUUCAUCUAGAACAGGUUUAGAAGAAAAACCAAUUCUUUCAAAAAAAGAAAAAAUGAAGCUGAGGAAGGAAAGAUGGCUACAGAAAAUAGAAAGUGUGAAGCUAGCCAAGCAGAAGCAAAAAGCUGAAGCAAAACGGAAGGCAACACCUGUUGUGGGAGACAUGCAGCCAUUGAUGGAAGCCCUACCUGAGCUCUCUGACCUGACCGCAGGUGUCAGGGACAGGAAGCCACCCAAGAGGCACGUAAAGGCAAAGUCAGAACCAGUGGACUUCUGUCUGAUGAAACAAGCUCAGAAACACAGGCUUUUAGAGGAGGAAGUGGCAUGGUUUCAUGAGGUCAUUGCAAAUCCCACGUACAAAGCCAACCCCCUCAUGGCCAUCAGUGAGCAUCUCUCCAAGAGGCUGAGGCAGGAAGAGGAAGGUAAACCCCUCUAGGGCAUCAGCUGGGACCAAAUGUGCAGCUGGAGCUGGUGCAAGGGCUCCAGGCCACAAACGAGCACACAUCACUAACAUGACCUCUCAGCCAUGUCAGUCCUCAGAAAAGAGUCCAGCAUAUUCUUAAACCCAACAGUCCUGUUUUCUGUCUGCAGGAAUAAUGCAGUUCUCUCCUGACAGUGGCGGCUGCUCCUUGGCAAGCAGCCUGCAGAGAGCAGGGUGUUCUGUGUGAUCUUUGUGCAGACAUUAAGCUCCCUGUGAAGUGUCUUAACACCUCUUCUCUUCUUGUGAGCAGGCACAAUUUCUUAACUUGUGCCAGUGGCAACGUAUCUGCAUUUUCUUCCCUCCCAAUCCUUGCUGACAACUAUGAAAAGAAGUUCACUGCCAUUCUUUCGUGAUUGUUUAAGAACCCAAGCCCUGAGGCCCAGAAGGUUGUUGUAGAUCUGUGUAAGGACUGAUGCUGCUGUUCAGAGACGUUGUUUUAUGUGAAGAAUUUAGCUUUGGAAUAAAUGCAUUCACACAGUA